GUCACAUCCGGGCUGAGCCGGGCUCAAUUCAGCAGCUUAAACAGCCGGUAUCCAGAUGCCUGCUUCCGUCACCCAGAUGUCACAUAAAGCAAAAAAAAACAAUAAUGCAACCACAGAGAAGACCCCGGCCUACGAGCCAAACAUCCCGGAGCCAAAAUGCAGAAAUGAUCUAAUCAAAUAUUGGUUCAACAUUUCCCUGGAUGACAAGACAGCCAAUAAGAUGCUGUGGAUCGGAGAGAAUGGUACUAAGGUCGCCCGGAGGACCGACGAUGUCAAGUGUCCUGUCCUGGAUCGACCCGAGCGAUACGAGUAUUCUCCACAGGUCCUAUGCAAAGAAGCCAUCUACGGCUUCCGGGGCUACUGGGAGGUGGAGUACUCCGGCUGGAUCGUGGUCGGGGUCGCCUACGAGCGAGCGGGGAGGAGGAACAGCGAUGGUUCCUGCGGCCUCGGGGAGAAUGAGGAGUCCUGGUGUCUUGGCUGGAGUGGCUCCAGAUACCAUGCCUGGCACAAAGGCCACAUUUUAGAGAUCAUGGAGAUUCCUCAGUACAACACGAUCGGCGUGUACCUCGACCAGCCGGCUGGCAUCCUGAAUUUCUAUGGUGUGGAUGAGGCGAAGGGGGAAGAGGAGUGCACCGGAGGAAAGGAGGUUCAUAUUCUGCAGCAGUAUAGGAGCACCUUUAAGCAGAAGAUGAAACCAGGUUUCUGGUUGGCUCCGCAGUCCCACUGUCUGAUCGUGAAGAAGGAGGAAUAAAGCACUGAAUCCACAUUUCAAUCUCAUAUCUGGAACGCAGUGAUUAUGAACAGAACUAAGAAAAGAUUGACGCUAUCUCGUCUUUUUUUUAAUCAAGUUUCAAUCAUAACACUAAUUAGGUCACGUUGACAUUGUGCUCCAUAACUCUUAUGCAUGUGACAACACAAUGCACAUCAGAUGUAUUCCUUACAUAUAGCAGCUGUGAUGUAGAUAUACAGUUCUUAGGUUUGCACAUUUAAAUGCAAUCGGGUUGCAGUUCAGCUGGGAUUCACUUUUGAGCUUCUGCUCCAUAUGGACUUUUGUGAAACCACUGGACCACUUACGGUUUAUAUAUUGAUAAUUAUAUGUCUUGUUAUUCCUCCUUUAUUAUUGUUUUCUGACAUAAAGAUAAUCCCAGUUUGGUGUGCAGAGUGUAAAGUUUAAAUAUAUAAUAAAACACUGAGUGAGACA